AUGCCGCAAUGGCGUGCUCCAACUCCACAAAAUCCUUAUCCACCCCCACAACCACAUCGAAACCCAACUGGUCCAAGUUUUCGGCCGAGGCCAAACAAUAGAAGAGAAAGGCAACGGAAACAAACUUUCACCCCGCUUGGAGAGUCCUAUACCAGUUUGUUUCAAAGGUUGAGGCAGUUGGAUGUUUUGAGGCCGAUUGAGUCAAAGUUACCAAAUCCCCCACCAAAGAACCUUGAUUAUUCCCUCAGAUGUGCAUAUUGUUCUGAUGCCCCAGGGCACGACACAGAAAAGUGUUGGCAUUUGAAGAGCGCAAUCCAAGAGCUUAUUGAUACAAAUCAAAUCGUGAUCCAAAGCCCGAAAGCGCCAAAUAUCAACAAAAAUCCUUUGCCUGCCCAUGCCAAGACGCACAUGAUUGAGAUAGUGCAUAAGGAUGGGGAACCCUAUAAGUCUUCAAAGUCUGUCAUGAUGAUCCGUGCCAGUGAAAUCGUGAAAGGGUUCCCGGAUGAUGUUGGAGCAAAGCAAGGAAAGCAAAGAGUGGUCGUGCCAGGAGUAGCAAGUAAGCUUGUCAUAAUCGUGGAAGGGGCUCGCAUUGCCCCUGUUGUUAUUAAACCAGUGACCCAGCUGCCAGUAGAUGAUACCAAGGUUGUUCCCUGGAAUUACAAGCAAGUGAUAGUAACUUAUAAAGGGAAAGAACUGGAGGAGGAAGUUAAUGAAACCGGAGGGCUGACUCGUUCCGGGAGAUGCUUUACCCCAGAGGAAUUGAGGAAGGCCAAGCCAUUCAAAGAUAGCCCAAUCCCAGUGAAAAAGCCAGUUACCGAAGAGGAGGCGGAAGAAUUCCUGAGAAAAAUGAAAGUGCAGGACUACUCCAUCGUGGAACAGUUAAGGAAAACACCAGCUCAAAUUUCUCUUUUGUCAUUACUGAUACAUUCAGACGAACACCGCCGGGCCCUCAUGAAGAUUUUGAAUGAGCCCCAUGUCCCUGAUAAGAUCACGGUGAACCAUUUGGAGAAGAUUGAUAACAAGAUAUUUGAGGCAAACAAGAUCACUUUCUCAGAUGACGAACUUCCCCUGGAGGGUACAGAACACAAUCGAGCUCUUUAUCUCACAGUGAAAUGCGAGGAUUUUGUAGUCUUGAGGGUCCUAGUUGAUAAUGGUUCCCGUGCAAAUAUUUGCCCUCUCUCCACUCUACAAAAGUUGAAAAUCAGUACUGAAAGGAUCCACAGGAACAAUAUAUGUGUUCGAGGUUUUGACGGAGGGGGAAAGGAUUCUGUUGGCGAUAUAAUGCUCGAACUGACAAUAGGGACAGUCGAAUUCACCAUGGAGUUCCAAGUGCUAGAUGUGGCCGUUUCCUACAAUUUAUUGUUGGGCAGGCCCUGGAUACAUGCUGCCAAGGUUGCCCCGUCUUCUCUGCACCAAAUGGUAAAAUUCGAGUGGGAUAGGAAGGAAAUAGUUGUGCACGGUGACGAGAACUUAUGUGCUUACAAUGACACAUCCGUCCCGUUUAUUGAAGCUGAAGAUGAUAAAGGGCCUUGGGUCUACCAAACUUUCGAAACAGUGUCAGUUGAGAAGAUUCUGGAGGGUGAAAGCAUUCCAGGUCCAAAGCUAGCCUCCGCGUCCGUCAUGGUAGCAAAUGAAAUGCUGAAGAAUGGUUUUGUGCCGGGCAAAGGUCUGGGUUCAUCUCUACAGGGUAUCGUACAUCUAGUGUGUCUACGUGAAAGUCUGGGUACGUUUGGUCUAGGAUUCAAGCCCAUAGGGGAGGAGGUGAAGUGGGAUAAAAGGUUGAAAAAGAAGGCAUGGUCACUUCCUAAGCAUGUUCCACACAUCUCCAGGUCCUUUGUCAAGCCAGGGGUCAUAAGGCGCCCAAUGUCAGCGGUCCCAAAGCCUGUGGUCGACUUUGAUGAAGGGCUGAUCAAGAGGUUCCAGAGUCUAUUUGAUGAGGUUAAUAUGGUGGAAAUUGGGGAAGGUUCCAGUAAAGCAGAUGUGCAGUUCGUUGGGCCAAAAGUGAAGCUUAGCAAUUGGAAGGCUAUUCCUUUCCCUACUCGGAAGGAGUUUUGGUAG